UCUAUUGACGCUUGAAAAGUGAAAUUUUUCAUUUCUAAAUGAACAGGAAAAAAAAGUUUUCGCCAACUUUUCCAUUUACGGUGUUGCUCUUUAAUAAAUGGAUUAUUACUUUUGACAUUUUAAAACGACCGAGGUGCUUUAAAAAUCUAUCAAAGUAUUAGAACUUGGAAAAGGCUUUGAUUUACGUCGAGUGUACUCCUUAAUAUUUGAUCGUCCGUUGAAAUAACGUUUAUGUAGGUAGUUGGUCAAGAAUGAUAAAAUUUGCAACGUUCUUGUAUGGUGCCCCAUUUGAGAAAAUGAAAAUGUUAAAAGUUUCCUUUCAAGUUUUACUUUUUAGAAGCAAACCGACGAGUAGUCGAGGCGAUCGGGGCAGGGCACUGGACCACUUGACGUAUAUUGACAUGUGAUGAUACGAUGUCAACUCCGCUGAUAAAGAAUUCAUCGUUGCCUAUAUCUCGAGUGCAGAUUACCAGCUGUAAAAAUGGGAGACCCGAAACGACGACGACGGUGGCGGAUAUAACCAAUUGCGACAAUCAUGACGAAGAGAAACCAAGUAAUGAAGUCAAUUGCGAGGAGACACGUCUAUUAUCGCCAGAAGACGGAGAUCCUGCAGAUUUACCUAAACCUGGCACUAGUAAUCGUAACGCGUGGACAAGACGUAAUUCCGUAUCGUUACCGGCCGGAUUAGAUGCAAUUAUGUCCGAACCUCCGGAAUACGAACCUCAGCUGACACCGGAACAUAUGAGGCAUGGAGGGGGAGGAUAUGACACCAGUGAUACUUUCAGCGAUGCUCCAACAUCCGAUGACGACAGCUGCCAUAUCGGUGGUACAGCAUCUAGAGCUUAUAGAACACACCGAGUUCGACGAAAAUCAGUCGCACCUCCUGGGUUCCGUUUGAAUAAUGACGAUAUCGAAUACUCGCCUCAGCAUUCAGUCACCAGUAUCAAUUCAAUUGCUAGUUUACUUCGAGAAAAAUUGAUGAUGACAUUACCGUAUAAUAGGAGAAAAAAACCAAAUUCGGAAUUCCAUUUGAGAUUUUUUGUUGGAUUUUUAUUUCUUCUCAUCGUCUUUACGGUUUCAUUCGCCCAUGUAUAUUAUUAUCAACAAGUAUUACAGAGAGAAUAUUUUCCUUACACCAGAUUCAAUAAAGAAGCCAAAUUCCUCAGACUGUACAGUAACGAAGGAGUUGAAAUAGCACUUGGUCAUUUAGGAGUUGAUUUACCGGAUACUGACAGAGUUUACCAUUGUCGACCUGAAAAUGUUGAUAAUGAUGGGUCUUUAUGUUUCGAAUGGAUGGAUCAUGCCAGAAUUAAACUACAUCAUGUGAAAAAAUCUGGAAAUUUGAAUUGCUAUUAUAUACGUUGGUAUAGUUUAUCUGAUUCCAUUAAUCCGACCGAUUGCUACGAAGAUGGAUACCAAUAUGGCCAUUGGUAUGGUGGAGGAAGAACAUUAGGAAUGGCGUGGCCUGUUGAACUAGGCAGAGUAGAGAUGUCUCCUUUUAUCACUGGCCAUAUAGGUCAUCAUCGUUGGGGUCUUGUACUCAAACGUUACUUUAUUAAUUCCAAAGGAGUAGCUAUUACUGUAGAUCCUCAAUCACCUCUUUACGUAUCGAUUAAUGCUGAUAAGAAUAGACUUUGUUUAAGAGGUCAGCACGAUCACUUCACGUACAGGAGGACAAAUGCGAACCAACCAACGUUGAAUUAUACGGUAUGCACAUCGAGUAAUAUGAAAUCGCUGCAUUUAGCUUUAUCGGAAAAAUCAUUAUGGGAUGGAUUGAAGAAAUCCGAUUUAGAAGUCAUCUAUUCGUUGCUAACAGAGCCAGUUUGGCAAAUCGCUCCUAAAGAUAAGCAAAUGUUGACAGAUACGGCCAUUGUUAAUUUCACCGAGAAUGUUAUAGCUUUGGGAUAUUUUAGACAAGGGCAUGUUUUGUUAAAUGAAUUCUGGCAAACGGAAAUCGGAGAUUUUACUUUCGAUGAGGAACGAUUUGCCACCAUCAAAGAGACCAUCGAUAUUAUUCAGAGGAGAGGAUUCAGAAUUAUUCUAACUAUUCAACCUUUCGUCGGCACGGAAUCCAUCAACUUUGCCGAAUUGGUCGAGAAAAAUUUAUUGAUCAAUGAACGAGGAAGUGAAAAAAAUCGUCAAAUUCCAGCGCUGACGAGCUAUAAAUCGUUGAGGAGUGCGGGGAUGUUGGAUAUUACGAAUAAUGAAACGCGAUCUUGGCUUCAGGGACGUAUGAGGCAAUUAUUCGAGUCUCAUAAAGUUGACGCUUUGUGUCUGGAUUUAGGAUCAGCAUACGAUUUACCAAGAUAUUACCAAUUCAAGAAUAAUCUCACGAAUCCGGAUCACUACAAAGUAUCAUUUACCGACUGUGUUUUGGCGGCUGUCCCCGUGUUAGCUAUUUCAUCGACUAUCAGUAGGCCACCUGCUCCUGUAUUUUUAUCAUUGCCUUCGUUACAGUCCUCUUGGGAGUCGUUACAAGUCAUCAUUCCAACUACUCUGACCUACGGUAUAGUUGGAUACCCUUUUUUAAUGCCAGGUCCUGUAGGAGGAGACUACGUUAGCGAGAUGACAAAAAAUCACAAGGCUAAUGAAACAUUGGAUAUAUUUUCGGACGUGGAAAGCACCAACGAGUUACCAGAUCGCGAAUUAUAUAUAAGGUGGCUUCAAUUAGCUACGUUUUUACCUGUGAUAAGAUUUUCGUACUUACCCAGUCAGUAUGAUAAAGAAGUUAUCGAUUUGGCUAAAAAUUUAACCGCUUUGAGGCAACAAAAAGUGAAUCCAUUACUACAGAAAUACGUUAAAGACGCAUUAGAAACGGGUAUUCCGUUAAUAAGACCUUUAUGGAUGCUCGACCCAGCAGAUACGACAUGUCACACAGUCAAAGACGAAUUCUGCGUCGGCGAAGAAUUAAUCGUAGCUCCCAUGUUGAGGCCUAAAUCAACUAUGAGAGAAGUUUAUUUACCAGCAGGAGUGUGGCAAGAUGGUAUCGAUGGUAGUUUAAGAAAAGGAUCACGUUGGCUGCAUCAUUACAGAGCAUCGUUAAAUCAAGUACCGUAUUUUAUUCGAAUGCCGGAUAAUACAAGGUUUUAAAUUUUAAAACCAAAGUGAUACUAGAUUAUAAGACAUUGUGUAGUAUAAAAACAUGUAAAAUUUAUAUAGCUCAAGAUUUCUUCUAUUUUUUUUUUUUUUUUUUUUUUGUAUGAUUAAGUAUCAUCAUUUUUUCUUCCUGUAGUAAGUAGUGUACUGAGUAGUAUUAAGAGAAUGUAAAUAUUAACAAUUUUUUUCUUCGAUAAACAAUUUAGUAAAUUAAAUUUAAAAAUAUAUCUUGGUUGGUAUUUCGCGUCGUCGCCGACGUCGUAAUUCUUUGCGUCAACACGAAAAGCAAUCCAUUGUAUAAAUUUACCCUAUUUGGUCUAGUAAGCAUCUUAAAUUUAGGGAGACAUAAUAUCACUGGGGAAAAAGCUCGAUUGUUUGUUUUUUCUGUUAAAUUACACAUCCUUUACAAGUU